CGCAUGUGUGUAAUUGUUUAUGAUUUUAGUUUUGGAAAAUCAACAUCAACCACAAAUUAUAUGAACCAUCUACGAGCUGUACAUAACUUGGACGUGAAAUCUUUAAAUAACCUGAAAAGUUCAACAAUGACACAAAAUGCAUUGAAAUCCUCAACAAGUUGUAACAACAAACAACAAAAUGCUCGCCGGGUCGCCGAAAUGUGCUGUUGGGAUUUGCAACCGUUUAAAAUUGUUGAAAGGCCAGGAUUUAAGAAAUUGGUAUCUUUCUUAAACCCAAAGGCUAUGUUCCCCACAGAUAGGACAAUAGCUACAACGGCUUUAAACGAUGUUUAUAACAUAUAUUUGGACCACGUAAAAACAAGCCUUAAAGAGUCGCCCGAAAAUGUUACACUUGUAUUGGAUAUGUGGUCAGAUAAACAUAAGCACUUGUCUUACAUAAACAUAAAAGUGCAUUUCUGCCAAAAUUUUCAAAUGCAAAUUGUAACGCUCAAGACAGAGAUCUUUCCACGACCUCACACUGGACUAGCAGUUGUAGAAAAAAUUGAAGAAGCUUUAUGUGAAUUUAAUCUGUUGGAAAAAAACAUAUGUGCUGUUACUGAUGGUGGAAGCAACAUCGUUUCAGCUUUAAAAAUUAAAAAUAUACCAAGAUAUGGUUGUAUGGCUCAUGUUUUACACAGAUUUUUGAUGGAAGAUAUACUAAACAACAAGUCAUUUGAAAAUAUUAAUAACAUAAUAUCAAAAUUAAAAAAAAUUUAUGGCAGCUUAAUGUAUAGCUAUGAAGAAAUAUCAAAUAUUCAAAAUAUGGAGGAACAAAACGAUUUAGUAAAAAUAUUUACAGAGGUUGAAAUAAUUUUGGAGAGUUUGGAUAGUUGCGAACAAUUUCCACAUGGAGAUGACUAUUUUACUGAACAAUAUGAAGCAACUUUAAACGUCAAGCACCACACCUCUUUGAAAAAUUCCGUUGCAACACGUUGGAACUCUCUGCUUGCAAUGAUUCAAAGCUAUACGAAUAAUAUAUCCACUAUAAAUAUAGCAUUAGUUAAAGCUAAAAAGGAACUGUUAGUGAUUGGGACAAUGGAAAUGCAAAUUAUAACGGAAUUUGGCACGUUUUUAAAAAUUUUUGAGGACGCCACAAAACACCUUCAAGGCCAAGAUUAUCCGACGAUAUCUUCGUGUAUUUAUUUUCAGGAAUCCAUUAUGUCCUCAUUGAAGAAAGAAGAAGAAAAAGCGUCUUUUGAACUAACAAUCAAUUUAUGCAAUUUCGCUGUGCAAAACUUUACGAAGCGAUUCAAAGUAUAUAGAAUGUAUGUUGUAGCUGCGCUUAUGGACCCAUGCCAAAAAAACUGGCCUGUUUUAGAUAAAUAUAUACUACAGAUACGCAAACAAUCGCCAAACUCCUUGGAACUUGUGCAUGAUGUUCUGUCUCCAAUUUCCAAGGAGAACUUGAUUAUGGAAGAAAUUGAAAAAUUAAAGGAAAUCGAUGACACAUUAUUAAAUGAGCCAUCAACGAGCACUGAACCAAAUGCAAAAAAACAGAAAAUAUCAGCUAGUCGUCAAAGAAUGUUGGAAUUUAUGGGACCAUCGCCUUCUAAUGUACAAAAUAACGUAGAGUUAGAAAUAAGAAAAUAUUUGGAAAUGAAAGUCGAGGCGGUUGAGCCUCUAGAUUGGUGGCGACAGAACAAACAAAUCUUUCCAAAUGUUGCUGCUGUAGCAAAUAUGUGCUUUGGAAUUCCAGCCACAUCAGCAUCUUCAGAGCAAGCAUUUUCAUAUGCCGGGAAUUGUGUAAAUGCAAAGAGAAGCAGCCUGCAUCCGGCAACAGUAAAGAAACAAUUGUUUGUUCACGAUAACAAGGCAGUCGUCGAACCAUUUUUAUCAAAUUAAAGUAUUUUUAUUAAUUUUUAAUGUGCUAUAAGCAACAAAUGUGCAUAUAAACUUAUAUUUUCAUUUUUAUUUUAAAUUAAAUGAAUUGACAGUUAUUAAAACAA